UCAUGCGCUGAGUGCUGUACUCUACAACGAUCUACAAACUUAGUGUCUUAAAGAUCCCGUCAUGUCUCUGUCUUUUGGAGUCUGCAUUGCAUUAGAGAUGGCGUUGUUUGUUUUUGCAAACGACUCUAGCGUAAAUAGUCAAAAUAUCGCGAUUUUGCAAAAGCUAAAGACUUUGGAAGUCGAAGUGUCCAUGCUUAAACAGAGAGAACUCAAGACUCUGGAAGAAGUGUCCAUGCUUAAACAGAGUCUGAAGUCUUGCCAAAGUGGAUGUAACGAAUCCUCUAAAUCGAACACAGAGACAAGGGAGAGACGUAUUGUCCCACAAGGGCAGGAAUCCCAGGUUGCUUUUCAUGCCCAUCUCAGCAAUAACGUUCAGAAUCUUGGACUUCAUCAAGCCAUUCAUUUCGAUAAAGUGCUCUUGAAUGAGGGGAACGGAUAUUCGGUUCAUGCGGGAGAAUUCGUGGCCCCUGUUUCCGGUCUCUACGUCUUCGCCUGGACCAUUUCAAGCGGAGAACACACGUGCUUGAAAUAUGACGUCGUAAAGAACAGUGCAAUUUUAGCAUAUUAUGUAAGCGAUGCGCAUGAUCAUGAUGACUGGGCUGUGUCAUCAGGAACCGCUGUUACCCGGAUGAACUUAGGGGAUCGUGUCUGGAUACGAGUAUCCGAUUACCUCCCAUGCUCGCACAUUGUUUAUGGUGCUGGGUUGGGCACUUCUUCGUUUGCCGGAUAUUUACUGCACUAAAAAACCACAUUUAUGAAUUAUUUUGUUGAAGGAGGAGAUAAAGGCAAAAUUAAAUAUACUUUUUUCAUUAAAAUAUGAGCAGUUUUCUCUUAA